AUGGAUAGUGCUGUAAAUCAAGAGGCAGAAGCCCGCUUGGCGCAUGCUAAAAAGCUUGUAAGUACUCGAUUCGGUUUUGAAUAUGCAGUGUAUAGUUGUCAAAGUUCCAAAAUCGUCAAACUGAACAAAAGGAAGAGGUAUCCAGUCGCUCUGCCAAUAAUUACACUCCAGAACAACAAGUAUCGCAACAUUCCAAUCAGAGCUCUACGGUUUUUGUGAAUACCAGCUCGUUAAACGGAUCAUUACAUUCUUCGAGGAGUUCUUCGUUUGUGAAUGUGGAUCACGCUGAGCCAAGCAUGGUAAGCGGUUUAAAAUUUGUGCUGUUCUUGGUUUAGAUACCUCAGAAAAUAUUUUCAUUGCCUAUAAAUUGCAGAACGCCGAGAUUACAAGCUUAAAAGCCGCGUUGGCUGAGAAGGACAAGUACCUCAAUGAAACUACAACUAAAUUGAAUUCACUUGUACGUUUUGCCUUUUAAAUAUUUUGUUUUAUGUUAUACUUGAGGUCAAACAAAAACCUACGGUAUAUAUUUCAGCAUAAUCACUAUGUUCAAAUCUACGAAGCCUACAAUAAGUUGGUUGAGCAGAAUUCGCAGCAGGGACGGUCAGAAGAGACAAACCGGCAGAUCGUGCAAUUACAAACGGCGUUGGCAAUAGCGGUUCAGGAGAAGACCGCCUUACAGACUGAAGUUCGAAAUGUAAAGGCUCAUUCUAAAGCUCUUGACGCUGAGUUGGAGAUGUUUAGGCAUCGAGGAAUCACCGGUAAGAAAAUUGUCUUUCUUAAAAUUGGAUCCUAAUGAUCGAGGCCAAUUUUAUUACUUUCAGGUCCAUCCACAGACAGUUUCAAAAUAAAUAGUUUGAUGGAAGAGAAUAAGAAGCUAUCGGAAAGGGUGACAGCUCAAGCCGAAGCUCUUUCCGAUCAACGAAAGGAAAAUAGCGACCUCGAAGCCAAAAUUGUUGUCUUAAACCAAGAUAAAAAUGACGUACAGGUAAGAUUACUUUAAAUUAUUGAAAUUUCCGUUUUUAGAAUCGUCUGCGCUAUGUUUAUCAAGAGAAAGAAGGCCUUCAAGCUGCGCUAGAUCAACUUCGGCAUGAAUUGGGAAUGAAGGAAAUAUAUAUUCGACAGUUAUCCAAGAACUUAUCGGAUAACGAUGCUGGUCACACAAUAGAAGCGUUUGCUGAGGAGAAGAAACGAUUCGAAAUGGAGAUUGCAAAGAAUAGAAUGAUCAUUCAGAAGCUGACAGAUGAGAAUAAUGGGGCAAAGCAAUAUUAUAGUGAGUGUUUGCAACAAACAAAGGACAGAAUUAGAGUUUUGGAAGACGAGGUGAGUCGGUUUGGAUAUUGUAGUAGGUACAAAAUAUGAUGAGAAAGUUUGUUCGACCGUUUGUUGGUGUACUAUGGCUCUUUGAAUAUAAUUUUGUUAUCGUUUUAGCUUCAUGAUUUAAAAUCGAAGCAUCAGAAUGCAGAAACGGCCAAGUGCUAUCUCCAAGAAGAACUGGAAAUGUUCCGUCGCCAAACCCAACAGUCCCUCGUGAAGCGAGAAGAUGGCAAAGAGAUUCUCCAGGCUACUGUUGAGCCCAUUUUUGAAGAUAAAGUCGGUAAAGAGGAACAUGAAGCCCUGAAGAACAGCCUGCAAAAAUUGGAACACGAAUUCAACGAGCAGGCCGCUUUAAUCAGCGAACUGAACAAGGCCAUUGCAGUGAAGGACGAAAAAGUAAACGAACUCUCAAAUAAUCUGGAGGAAAAGUCGAAAACUCUCCAAAGAUUGAAGGAAGAAUUAAAAAGAGAUGAGAAACUGAAUGCGGAUUUCAAAUCCUUGGCCGAGCAACUUCAGAAUGAACGAGCGACCGUUUCGAGAGCUGUGGCACAGAAUAUGGACUUAAAAGAACAGUUGGGAGAACUUCAGGAUCGACUCGUAGAGGUGACUAAUCGAUGCGCCGAGCAGGAAGAUGAGAGACAAAGGGCUGUGGCCAUGGUUAAGAACUUGAGCAAAAGGUUGGAGGAAAUGGUAGGAGAAGAAAGUUUUGGUUUUAUUCUUGAUUUUUAGGACUCGAAUGGAAACCAUCAGGCAUCCCAAAGUGUGGAUGAAUUUCAAAAGCAAGCUUACGAUCUUCCGAUUGUCCCAGAGUUAUUAGAGAAACAUAUUGAAAGCAUGGGAUAUCUCUCGGAAGAUCAUAAUCGACAAUUGAUCGAGAUUUCCAAGGCCAUCAAGAGAAUUGUGAGUGUUUUUGGGCAUGUACAUAAUGAUGAAAUUUUCAAUUUGGAUAUGUGAAUUGUGAGUUUCAGAUCAAGAAAUAUCAUCCCCAUACGGCUGCAGAGGAAUUGGACCAGCUCACGGAACUCCCGGAUAUUAUUGUUAAUAGGCUCCCAAGUCAUCAUCAUCAACAUAAUGGAACGGUUCCUCCUCCGCCAACCCCUAAAAACGAUGCCUCAACAAUGGUGGAUCAAGAUCUGGCCAAGAAUCUCCCAUCUCCAGCAGUAUUGGAAACGGCCCUGCAAACGGCCGCGAAGGAAGCACUGGAGACGGAAGAAAUGGAAGUAAACAAUGAACAACACGAGGAAACGGUGGAGAGAGAAGAUGAAGGUAAGGAAAGAGAGGUUACAAAAUUGCUUAUUUGGGAUGGAGACUAAAUUUUAUUGGUUUUAGAUCAAGCUAUUAAUGAGAAUUCCCGACCAGAGAGCAGUCAAUACAUUGAGAAUCCGAAUUAUUAUGGAACCCCUCAUCGUGGGAACUUGGAGAUCCCUCAUCCACACCCACAUCCUCAUUACCAUGACCAUCAAUUCCCGAAAGUUGAUAACUCCGACUCGGAAUCGGAUUCAGGUGAUUCUGACGCCUCGGAUUCGGACGCUUCCAUCUCGCAAGCCGACGAUAUGAAUGGCUCAUUGGACCAUUUCCUCCAAAACCCCGGCCCUGGAGAGACGGAGACAGUGAAAAGGAUCAGAAAAGCCCUUGGGACGGCGAUUGACACCCACAAAAUGACGGAACUCGAAAAUCAGAAGUUGAGAGUGGAAAUACAACAGCUUGUGGAGAAAAACAAGCAGUUACAGUACUGGCUAACACAUGUGGAAAGCGAAAAUGAAAGCAUCGGAGAUUAUAUUCAACUGUAUCGGAUACAGAGAGAAAAGAUCAAGGAGAAGUUGAAGGAACAAGAACAAAAUGCAGAGGAUUGGAGAUGUUAUAGCGAACAGACAAAGGUGAGUUCAAAGUAGGGUCUAAAAUAAGGUUAUGAAAGAGAAAUUAAGGAAGGAAACCCAUUAUUUUUGGGGGUUUUGGAAAAAGAGAACAUUGGGUUUUAUUAUUUGAAUAUUUUUCGAUUGAAAAAUUGGACAUGGGUAUUGAAAUUGCAUUUUUUAGCAACAACUAAUCCAAUUUGUAUCGAUAUUGGUGGGGACUCUGAAGAAAAGCUACAGAAUUCAUGCGGAGUUGGUGGAUGAACCCUCGAAAGAAGAACGAUUGGAAGCUUCUUUGGAGGAGGCAGGCCUAGUUGAUAAAGAUCAUCAGAGCAGAGUUGAGAAAGAAGAGAAAUACAGAUCAGAAUCACCGCAAGAACGGAUUCAUGACUCGCUGAUCGAAGCCGGAUUGGUCGAUCCAGAUAGUCCGGGUGAUCGUCACAAGUCUCGAAGAGAAGAUUUGGGCCCAGAACGACCUCCAGGCCCCGAGAACUGCGCCAUCCAUAAACUGAUCCAGUUCCUGAAUGAACUGAGGGAAUCCGAACCCAAACCCGAAGAUUUGAAACAAUUUGCUAGCCUUAUUCAUGACGCCCCCGAACCCUUUGACCCUUGCCUUCAUUGCUCCGAGUGCCGUGGCGCCAUGAAACAUCUAUAG